AUGGAUGUUCUCCUGGAGAUAAGGCGAGACCCGACGUACCGAAAACCCAGACCGGUGCUCGCAAAUCCGCAUUCACGAUACGCCGACCAGUAUUAUGCGUUUCAUGAUACUACCGGUCAUCACACAGAAACCUGUAUAUCCUUGAGACUUCUGAUUGAACGCUUCAUAGAAAACGGAAAACUUGAUGAUCGAGGAAGAAAUCAGGAAAGGGGAAGGGAACCGGAACGCAGGCCAGACCCUCGGGCCGCACGAGAAAGAAGUAGGAGCCGAGCCAGACCAGCACGGCAGGAAAACCUUCCGGAGAUACAGACGAUCUCGGGGGGUUUUGGAGGAGGCGGAGAAUCUAGCUCGGCGCGGAAGGCUUAUGCAAGGCAGCUAUGGGAUUUCGAGGUAUACUCGGUGCAGAAACCUCCAAAAUCCCAAAAACGAGACGCACAAGUGAUCGGGUUCUCGGAUGAUGAUUUUGCAGGGGUAUCUCUCCCGCAUACCGACGCUCUGGUACUGAGUCUGGCCAUAGCCAACCACAAAAUACACCGCAUCUUGGUUGACACAGGCAGCUCGGCUGACAUCCUUUACAGGUUAGCCUUCGAGCAAAUGAAGAUUGAUCGAAGUAAGGUGAUCCCGGCGAGACAUUCGCUUGUGGGGUUCACAGGAGAGCAAGUACUCCCACUCGGAUCCAUCGAGCUUCCGGUCAAAGCAGGGAUGUACCCGAGGCAGAGGACGAUAAUGGUUCGGUUCUUGAUAAUCGACCGACCAUCGGCUUACAACGCCAUCCUUGGGAGAACAGCUCUCAAUGAAUUUAGGGCUGUGACCUCAACCCCUCACCUGAGCAUGAAAUUCCCCACCGAAGAGGGAGUCGGUGUCGAAAAAGGAGACCAGAGGAUGGCCCGAGAGUGUUAUAAUACAAGUUUGAAGAAGCUCCCGGAAGCCUCGAGACUCGGAGAGAAAAAGAAGGACGAAGAAAAAUAG